AUGGUCUCCCGUCGAAAUCUUCAGCGGUUUGCCAUCACCAUUAGCAUCGUCAGCGUUUUUUACAACACUGCUGAGGGCGUCGUUUCUGUACUCUUCGGCGUCGACUCGUCUUCACGUUCCCUCGUAUUCUUUGGCAUUCAAUCAGCCAUCGAAGUCGUGUCUUCUUGUCUGGUCACUUGGCGGUUCCUUGCCGCCAUCAAACCCGGCGACGAGAAUGCCUCAGUGGAGCGCUCGUCAAGUAUCUUGAGAACUGAAAAGAUUGCGUCCACAGGCAUCGGCUUUCUUCUCAUUGCUCUAGCUCUUGCUGCUAUUGGCACCUCCAUCGCCUCAUUGGUGGCACACGAGCACCCCAGCCGUUCCGACGCAGCCCUUAUAAUUGCCGGCAGCACGAUGUUCAUUACGUUUCUCCUUUGGAUUCCCAAACGUUAUCUCGCACGUGCUCUCAACUCGAGUACAAUGCAGGGUGAAGCGCUCUGUGCGCUGUCUUGCAUUCAGUUCAGCGGUGUAUUGCUAGUUGGUUCGUUGAUUUACCGUGUAUGGGAGGACGGCUGGUGGGUUGACUCGGCCACUGCGAUUGUCAUUGCACUGCUAUUUGGGUGGGAGGGAUUUAAAAUGGUUAGGUGGGCACAAGAUGAGAAUUUUACUGGUGGAUGUUGCGCGCAUCACCACGAGAAGACGUCGAGCUCGAACCCCGUAGCGGCUCCAACGAUACCAGUGCAGAGCUGUGCAAACAGUUGUUGCACAGACAGCUGUCAAUGCUCGAAGGAAGAGGUUGAGGCGGUCGUGGAGUCCGUUUGCGGUGGCAGGCUCGCCACUCGAUAA